CUCAACACUCUCCACUCCAGGCCGAAAGGGAUAUCACAAACUAACCUCAUCAAUUUCUCACAUAAUUCUUCUUCUCUUCUCCAUGCUACCACGCAAUUGCAUAGACUAAUUCUCGAGUCAGACACACUCUACAAAAAAUUUAUGAUCAUUGAUCAACAUCAAACUCAUAAUUGCUAGUACUAUACUAGUACUACUACUACCUUAAUAAAUAAAAUCACAACAAUCUCUUCAUUAUUAUUAUUACUAUUGUUAUUAUCAACAACAAUGGAGCAUCCUCUCAUCAACGAUUGCACUUUCUCUUCUGCUAAUCCUUCUUUAUCAGAAAUUUGGCCUCAUUUCUCAUCCCAAAACAACAACAAACGAAACAACUCCCUCUCCAACAAUGACUCUGCCACUAAGCAUGUUAAACUAGCACUACAAGAGGAUGAUCAAAACGCUGCGUUUAAACCCGAACCAGAUACAAUUUCAGCACAGAAACAACAGCAGAAUGCGAAACCUUCUUCUGAAUCGCAACCGCCACCGCCACCGCCAGCUAAACAAGAUUAUAUUCACGUUAGAGCAAGAAGAGGCCAAGCCACCGAUAGUCACAGUCUCGCUGAAAGAGCGAGAAGAGAAAAGAUUAGUGAGAGAAUGAAAAUUCUACAAGAUUUAGUUCCAGGAUGUAACAAGGUAAUUGGUAAAGCACUUGUGCUUGAUGAGAUAAUCAAUUAUAUUCAAUCGCUACAACAUCAAGUUGAGUUUCUUUCAAUGAAGCUUGAAGCAGUUAAUUCAAGAUUGAAUAUGCACCCUUCUAUUGAUUGUUUCCCUUUAAAAGAUGUUGGUGCUCAACCAUUUGACCUUUCUGGAAUAGUAUUUGGAUCGCAAGCAGGAAGGGGCUAUGCUCAGGGAUCACAGCCAGGAUGGCUACAUAUGCAGAUAGCAGGUAGUUUAGAUAAAACAUCGUAGCAAAAGGACGAUUCAUUGGGAAUGAUACAGCAAUCAGUACGGUUGGUUUUUCAUUUAAAAUUACGAAAUAUCACAGGGGUUGGUCACCACGGCGCGCUAUUGACGACCUAGUCAUUGUCUAGAAUAUUGUACACAUCAUUUGUAGAAAAAUACAUAUAAUCUCCAUUUGCAUAAUCUGAUUGAGUAUACUAUGCUGUGCUUCAAUCUGAUAGCUGCUGAAAUAAUGUUAUUAUGCUCAUCUGCUGCAAUGGGAUUUUGCUUUCAUGAUAUGUAUUCAUAUUCAUAUGUAACUGGCAGUAUAUGUAUUCGGGUACGGAAGUUUCCCCUUGUUAGGAAAAUUGAGUCAUUGUAAGAAUCAGAUUAUCAAUAAAUAUGUAUCA